CCCUUUAUUAUUGAUAAAAGAAAGUUUUUUGAAACAAAUAUAGAAAGGUCAAUAGCGUUAUCUCUAAUUUGACUUUUCAAUAUUUGAUUUGUUUUAAUUUGUAAAUAAAACUUCUCGUAAUUUAAAAUUGUUUAUCAUUGUAACUUAUUAUUGAAAAACAAUUUAUGCUAACAAUUUCUCAGAGAGUGUUCUGUUUUAUUAAUUUAGCUAGUGAUGUUCAAUUCAGUGAUAAAAACCGUAAUCACAAUAAGAUGAGACAUUCCAGCGUAAAUAUGUUAAAGUUGUGUUUUUUUUAUUCGUUUAUCAUUGCGUCAGUUCGGACGGAAUUGUAUGAGAACAAUACAAAUAAGAAUUUAAGUACAUACCCAUGCACGGACAAAAACCAUUUAUUCCUGGCGCCAGGAGUCUUGACGGCUGGUGGUACGAACAGAGCCUGCAUCUCCAGGUUCUACCCUGAAGGCCCAGCGACGCUGCUCCUAACUCUUAGAGGUGAAAACGACGAGACCACUACAGCAUCAAGGGAAUUACCGCCAGGGGACGGAGGCUGUUUAGACUUCUCUGUACCUUUAUUACCGAACACCAAAGCCGAACUCAACGUUAAAAUAAAGUACCCCGUAGUGCAAUGCAGCUGGGAACGUCACGUGACACUGAGGAUAUCCAGCGGAAGGGUGUUGCUGAUACACGCUGAGCGAGCCAGAUACAGGCCUGGGGAGAUCGUGAAAUUCAGGAUAUUCGGAUUCAAAACUGAUCUGACUCCUAACACUGAUAACAUUGACGAAGCGUGGAUCGAAGGACCUCGUGGUGUCUGGGAAGGUACCCGCGUGGCGCAGUGGACGCGGAUUCGAACUAGGCUAGGACUUACUCAACUGCAGCAUUCUCUGGAUGAACUGGCGCCGACCGGGACGUACACCAUCAGAGCUAGACUCGCUGAUGGGUCACAGGGUUCAACUUCAUUUUGGGUCGGCCAUUACGAUCUGCCCCCAUUCCAGCUGACGGUUCGCCACGCACCUCGGGUCUUGCGUACCAGCGAGCGCCUUGUCUGGGUCGUUUGCGUGAGGUACCCGUGGUCUGAAGCUGUGGAAGGCAUGCUGGUGAUCCGCCUGCGAGGAGCCGGUAACGCUGAGAGCAGUCCCGGGAUCAGAACGGCGGUGAGGCUGCGAGCCCCGCGCGCGUGCCACCGCCACGCCGCCGCCGCCAAGAGGGUCGGGCUCGGCGGGGAACAUUCCCCCGACGUGCUUGUAGCCGACUUCUCCUUCCAAGAAGAAGGUACUAGAGUUUGGCAGAACACCACCGUGGUCUCUCAAGUCGUGGACAAGCCAAUAUCUCUGGAGUUCUUGACGAAGCACCGCGCUGUAAUAUCGCCCGGUCUCCCUUACAAGUUAAAGGUGAGGGCCGUGCAGUGGGACGACAAGCCGGCGCGCGGCGAGCGGGUGUCGGCGUGCCGCGGGCCCGGCGCCGCGCCCAGCUGCGUCAGCGCGCUCACCGACGACUCCGGCGUGGCCAGCCUCAUGUUCCCCGUCGGAGACCCCAGCCCCUACUACAGGUUCGAGGCCUCACUGUCGCGGGACCCGAACAUAACGGCGGAGCCGCUGGUGCUGCCGGUGCGGGGGGCCGCGCUGCCCCAGGCCGAGCUGGGCCCGCUGCGAGCCGAGCCCGCGUCCAGCAGGACGUUCGUGCCGCUCUACCUCCACCUGCCCUCCGUUAACUACGCCAUCACUGUGCACUUUGUCGUAAUCACAAGAGGAGGGAUAAUAUACCGAUGGGGCGCCACCACCCAAUGUCCCGUAUCGAACUCGAUAGAUCAAAUACAAACCGCUUCCAGAAACACACAAUGCCCUAACUACCUAACUCGAGAGAAUUACAGUCGCACACUUCGUAACUUAUACAACACUCUAAACACCCAAUUCAGUUCUCAACGUAACUCACACAGCACUCAAAGUAACUCACAAAGCACUCAAAGUAACUCAUUCAGUCCUCAACGUAGCUCGUCAACUCGUAAUGACUCACUAACUCAGGACGUGUCGGACGCGCUCCUGGAUCGACACCUGCUCAGGAUCAUGCUUCCGAUCAAAAUAAGUCACCAAAUGUGCCCGGACAGCCAUCUGGUAGCUUACUUCUACUACAACGGGGAGCUGGUCAGCGCCAGCAAGCACUUCGAGAUGGAGGAGUGCUUCGGGAACAAAGCCGAAGCAACGUGGCUGACGCGGCAAGUCUUGCCCGGCUCCACGGCGUCGCUGCGGGUGGAAACGCCCGGCCCGGCCCUCUGCGCCCUCUCGGUCCUCGACGCGGCCGCCAAGGGCCCCACACCCGCGCCCUCCGUGAGGGACGUUCUCGUCUCGGAGCUGACCACACUAAUCAACGGCCAUCGGAACCUGACGGAGUACGACGCGUCCGGAGACUGCUUUUUAAACGUGGACACCCCCGACCUCCCUGCCUCCAGCGCGGAGCUGGCGGCCGCGUGGCUGGCGGGGGCCGGGGUGAGGGUGGUGGGGGGCGCCCUCCCCGCGACCCGCCACUGCGCGCCCGCUCCCCUACCCCUCACCAACAUGGACGACGGGACCAAACUCAGAAGCGACUUCUCUGAGGCUUGGCUGUGGCGUCUAUUGUCGGUCGGUCCCAACGGCACAGCGACAGCGAACGCCCGAGCACCAGACUCCAUUACCAGGUUCGAAGCCAGCGCGUUCUGCGUCUCCAAAACUGGAGUCGCCAUAUCUCCGCCCGCCGUGUUGCAGGUGUUCCGAGAGCUGUUCAUCCACGCGGACUGCCCGCGGCGGCUGCGGCGCGGUGACGUCACCUUCAUGAGAUACCGGAUAUUCAACUACUUGUACGAACAAAUCAGUAUUGAAAUAGCCAUAACAGCAGACCUUAAUAUCGAGGUGUCUCCGAAAACGGAGACGGCUUGCGUCGCGGCGCGCUCGUCGUUCGCCGGGAGGGCGGAGCUUAAAGCUCGCCUCGCGGGGACCUCGCGCCUACAAGUGCGGGCCAACGUGCGACCCGACCCGAACUGCGGGCGCGCCGCUGUCACCGCCAGCGACGCGGUGCAGAUACAGAUAUCUGUGGACCCCGAGGGGGCGCCCGUGCAGGACUACAAGUCGGCCCUGCUCUGCGGGAGCGACAGCCGAGAUUCGGGGAAGCCGUUAAUCACAUGGCUGUGGCCCAAAGUGCGCGCCGUGCCCGGGACGGAACAGGUGACCGUGUGGGCGACUGCUGAUCCCACCGGACCUUUAUUGGCUGAUGCCGAUGCAUUAGUGCAGCUACCCCGGGGAUGUGGAGAGCAGAACAUGGCCAGACUGGCCACCAACCUUCUGGCUCUGGAGCAGCUGGACCCCAGGUCCGGGGCGGCCACGGCAGCCCGGGAACACGUCCUCAGAGGAUUCAAUCGCCAACUGCAGUAUAUCCAUCCCAGUGGAGGGUUUAGCGCUUUCGGAGCUUCUGAUACAACGUCUUCGACGUGGCUCACGGCCUUCGCCUUGAGAUACAUGAAGAAAGCUCACAAGGUGCUGUGGCCGAACCUGCUGCCUCCCCCCGCGCUGGACCGAGCCGAGCAGUGGCUCACUCACCAGCAAAUGGAGAACGGCUGCUUCCGGAACGAAGGUCAGGUCUUCCACAGGGAACUCAAGGGAGGUCUGAACGUUGAGGGAGAAAUAGCCAACAUAGCGUUAACAGCUUAUGUCGUCACGUCUCUAGUGGAAAUCAAUUCCCCUCUCUCCUUCAAACUCCUCCGAAACUCCCUCUCCUGUCUUCGAGCUCUCCCCCCGCACAAAUCCAAGAGCCCCAACAAGAUAUAUGCCCACGCUUUGCUGUCCUACGCCUAUAUGAGGCUGAAGCGAUAUGAAGAGGACUUGAGGCAAACCAAUGAGGCGUGGACUUGGGAUGGAAGGAAAGCUGAGGGGCUGAUGGAAGAUGAAGAGUUGAGGGAGGUGUUGGAGUUGUUGAAGAUGGCCAAGAGAAGUGGAGAGUUUAUGUGGUGGGAGACCACCAGCCUGUCCAGCACGGUGGAGGCGACGGGGUACGCACUACUGGCGCUGCGGGACAGCCCGCCGGCGGUGCGGGAGCGGGGCCGCCCCGCGCUGGCCUGGCUCGCCGCGCAGCGCUCCGCCACCGGGGGAUUCGUUUCCACGCAGGACACUUUAGUGGCGCUGGAAGCUCUGAUAGCCUGGUCCUCUCUCCAGCCGAAGACGCAAACAAACUUGACGAUAGUGGCACAAACCAACAAGAUGAGUGCGAGCACGAGGCUGACGCCUGGCUCCAGGGUACCAGACCUCAUGAAGCUGGGCCCGGCCGACAAGCUCAGCGUUAUCGUUGAAGGGUCGGGGUGCGCGCUGGUGCAGGCGACGCGCUCCCACAGCACGCUGCAGUCGGACGAGCUGCACGACAAGCGGCUGCUCGUGCAGGUGUCCGUGCGCACCGACGGACCCUUCGACUGCGACGCCAACACCACAUUCUGCUUCUGCGCCGCCGUCGUAGAGGUCUGUGUGCUGUGGAGCGGUGACUUCCCCGAGAUGGCGCUGCUGGAGGUCAGCUUACCCUCAGGGUUCGGAGCGGACGCUGCACGACUGUAUUCGCAGCUUCACAAAUCUGAGACGUUACUGCGUCGCAUAGAGGUGUCUGCGGGCGGCGGGCGGGCGACGCUGUACCUGGGCGCGGCGGGCGGGUGGGGGGCCGGGGGGGCGCCGCGCCGCUGCUACCGGCUGCACGCGGUGGGGCCCGCCGCCCGGACCCGGCCCGGACACGCGCGCCUGCGGGACUACUACCGGCCCGCCGUCAACGACACCCAGAUGUUUACAAUACCCGAAGACUGUCCGCCGCCGGUCUCCCCGGAGACGAACGACUACCACAAUUCGGACAACCUGUUCACCAAGGCCAAGUCUCCGGGGAGCGAGAUCCUCAUCACCGACGAGUACAGCUUCGAGGACAUCCCCGACGGGAUCCCGCUCGAUGACCCGCUCUACGUCUACGAGAACCUCGUCAAGAGAACUGAUGACGUAAGCGAUAAUGUUGCCAGUAAUUUCGAGUCCGUACCGAAUAGUAGUAAAAUAGAUAAUUUCAAAAUUAAUUGUAGCGGUAGUUUGAAUGACAGUAAAACGUUUGUAGAUCAUAAAUUGGCCGCUUCAGAGUUGAUUAAAGGUGUAUCCAUGUUGAAUAGGAGCAUUGAACAUUUUGAUACUCAUAUCAAGAAAAAUAAUAACACAAAAUAUACAGUAAAGGAAAGUAAUAUUGACAGUGAUAUUGGAAGUGACAUGACAACUUCGGUUGACAAUCCGAAUUUAUCGCAAUUCCAUGUAAUUGACAGCGAAAAAGAUUUAGAUGUGCCCUCGGGUGUGGAAGGGCCGGUGCCAACGAUAGUGUUGCCACCACAAAACUUUGUGUUGCCAACAAAUAAUUUUAAUUCACCCCAAAGCAUAGAAAGAAGAGAAUACUACCUUAAUAGUAAUAGUAAUUCUAGACAUUUAAAAAGACAAAAUUACGGCUCCAAUUAAUUGAAAUUGAACAAAAAUUAUUGGAUUUACUUAAAGAUUUUAAGACUGUAGUAUUUAUAUUAAUCUAUUUAUAGUUAU